AUGGGUGGUAUUCACGAAGCAGCAAAGGGAGGACGUGCUGGCUACGUGCUUAGAUCGCUCGAAGAUGGCGAAGACCCCUCUGCUUCUACCAUCAGCAAUAACACUCCACUCCAUUAUGCAGCCUAUGAAGGACACACCGAUGUUUUAAGAAUAUUGCUGGAUAAAAAAUCUGACCCAAAACGUGCAAAUGAUUCUGGUGACACCCCACUACAUCUUGCUGCAAUAAAUGGAAAGACUGAUGUGAAAAUGUUCCCUGAAGAGGAAGGUAACACGUCACUCCACUGUGCAUCACUGGCGGGCCAUACAGUUGUUAAGCAGACGUUAAAAGUGAAACGCCUAUCCAUCACACACCUUUGCAUUAUGCUGCUCUCGGAGAUACUCUUGUCAGCACACGUGACAAGGAAAAUAAGUGGAGAAGACACAGCUCUAAUCCGCGGUCAUGUCCACACAGCCUGGUGGCUCAAGAAAAUGCACGUCAAGCUUCUUUACAAGAUCAUAAAAAUCUUGCUUUCGUUAUUGCUUGAACGCAUAUCAGGCGCCUUGUUGUACUAUACUAUGCAAAGCAAAGAAUGUGAAUAA